AUGACAAUAAAUCUUAAAUUCUAAAAAUUGAAUGAUGCUUUGUCAAAUAUUUAGUUAUCUCAGAAUACUAAGUUAUAAUAGGAUUAUCAAGAUAGUUGUAGUACAGAAAGAGUAAGAAAAUUAGUAAAUAAAGUUAAGGCAAAGUUCAAAUUAAUAAAUAAUACAAAUGAUAAUAAGUAAAGUAUUUUAAAUAACAUUAGAUUUAAUCGAUAAUUAUAAUAAUUUAAAAUACUUGAUACAUUUAUUGAUACAAAAACAAAGUUAAAGAAGCUGAAUAUUAUAAACAAUAGAGAUUUAUUAGAAUCAGUAAAGAAUUAUCUAAUAAGAAGGAAAAUAGCAAGAUAAUUAGGUUAAUAGGAAGCAGAAUUAGAAAAGAUUUAUGAAUAAUAUGAAGUAAAGUUUGAAACAGAAUUUGAUAAAGCAUUUUUAGAUAGUGAUUGUUUUUUAGAUUUAGGUUUGGUUAAAGUACCAAAUAAUAAAUCUAAGAUGUUAUCUAAAGAGAGAUUAUAAGACUAUGGGAGGAGAGCAAUAAGUUAAUUUUAAAGUACUUGUGAAUAAAUGUCAAAUAGAGAUUAAGUAACAAAAUCUUAGUAUGAUUAAAAUCUAUUUUAUUAUCAUGUUGAAGAUUAAAUAGAAUAAAUAAAGAAAGAAAGGGAGGAGACAGAAAAUAUUAUAUAGAAAAUAGGUAAAUCUACAAAAUGUAGAACUUAGUCAGGAGAUGGAAAGUGUGGGAUGUAGAUUAAGUAAUAGAAGAUAACAUAAAUAGAUUAUGAUAAGGAGCUUUAUAAAAUAGUAUUGCAAUAUGGAAUUGAUUUGAAUUCUACUGAAUAAUUGGAAGAGGAUAUUUAUACAGCAUUCAAAUAGCAAGCUAAUGAAUUGAUAAAGUCAAAAAUAUAUGAAGCUAAAGUGAGAUACAAUCAUAAUAUAGAAGAGGAUCAAUUGAAAUAUAGAUAUCAAAUUAAACCAUAAAAGAAAAAAAUAAGUACUUUAUUUGAAUAAUAAUUGUUCAAUAAUAUAUCAAAAUAAUAUCCUAAUCAUAAAUCAAAAUACAGACCUGAGAGUAAUGUACAUACUUUGGGUUCAGAAAAUAGGAAGUCAUAAAUGAUAUAGGAAUUAUUGGAUAAGAAGAAAGAAAAGAGUAUAAUGCUUAGUUAAUUUAAUUUGAAAUCAAAGAGAAUUAUAAAUAUGUGUAAUAAGGAUGAAUAAAAAUUGUAGUAUAAUGAAUAUAUAAAGGAUAUAUAAUUGAUGAAUUUAUAUUUGGAUGAGGCUAUAACUAGAACCAAUUUCAAUAGAAGACUUUCGUAAUUAGGUUUUACAAAAGAUGAUUAAUUUUUAAUAAAGAAAUAGAUUAUAUUACCAGGUGGAAUUGUAAGGAAUAAUUAAUGA